AGCCCAUCUGAUCAAGUCCACGGCCGUUCAGGCCAACUGUACCGAAGAGGCACGGUGGCGGAUGUUCACUCGUGCCACCUCAGCAGCCUAAGGCACCCUGCAGCACGCGCUCGCGGCGGCAUGUGGCCGCUGCGGCCCCUCCUCGUGGCCGCCGCCCUUGGGUGCCCGUGGGCCUUGAGGCUCGAGCAGCCCGAGGGCCCAGGGGGCCAGGACGGCGCGCUUCGAGUGGCGGGCGCCUGCGAGCGCAACGGCACCUGGGCGCCCUGCCGGUGCGAAGCCCCAGAGCCCCUGCUGCCUUUCCGGAUGGCGCAGUGGGUGGAGGCCAGGGCAGCGUCGCCGAAGGCAACGGUCGACUCCGUCCUGCCCUGGAAGGAGGUCCCCAGGCCGCGUGUGGUGAUGGUCAUGGCGGGCACCAACAACAUCGGGGACGAGGCCAAGGAGCUGGCGCAUCUCGGCGAGAUCGUGCAGUGCCGUGGAGUUGACGACGCCGUGUGUGGCGUGCGGGCGCUGCUCGACCUUGCCCAGCGUGCCUGGCCAGGGGCCACGCUGGUCCUGCACGCUGUGCUGCCCAGGACGCGCGAGGAGGUUGUGCCCGAGCGGGUCGCGCCCCUGAACCACAGACUGAAGGGCCUCGUGGAGGAGUUGAACGACGCGGUAUGGCUUGACUGCUCGAGGGUCUUUCUCGAUGGCACGGGUGCACCUGACAACACCUUGUACAACGAUAAUGUCCACCCGAGCCCCGAAGGCUAUUCCAGGUGGAUGGAGUGCCUGAUUCCACAGCUUGAGGCGCUGGAGUGACCGCAGCGUCAGCUUUCCGCGCGUUGCUUGGACGCCUGUUAGUAGUACGGCAGCGCAGCGCUUCGUCCACGCGGUCCCGUAAGAGGGAUGGGGGUGGUAAGGCACGUUGGGGAGGAGCAGACUGGGACAGAGGCA